AUGUCCAAACGUACUGACGAACCAAAAGAGGUUCUCAACAUCUCGGCGGGUAACCAACCGAUCACAGAGGAUCCCAAACCGCUCAAGCCUGAAGAUCGACGGACAGGCGAUUUUAAGCAGGAUUUCUGGUCGGCUUUUAGGCGGAUACGACCGAUAGAUGACUUACAGAGUAUAGGAACGAUACCAUGUGCACGAGAAUCGUUGUUAAGCGGGAUUGCGGGGGGGUUCGGGAUCGGCUCUGUACGGUAUAUCAGUAAACGAAUGGUGGGGACAGCGACGAAUUGGGCCGUCGGAUCUUUUGUCGGGAUCUCGAUCCUCAUGUGGGAAAACUGUCGACGGAAACGAGCCAAAGAGCUGGCUCAGAUGAAGUUGAUCGAAAAGCAAUUUGCUCAUCGACACGUCUCCAAGCUCAAGCGGAAAGAUGGGUCGAUCCCGGAGACGAGUUCGAGUCAGGGUGAGACGCCUACGUCGGCACCGAUAGUGUGA